AUGCCGUUAUGCGCUUGCACCCCGGAUCUCACGAUCUAUAUCAAAGAACCCGCACUCAUCUCCUCGGUGUCACUGUGCAUUGCAGCAUUACAAGGACAAGGCUCGUCUGGACGGGGCACAGCGCCUGAGUGUGCGCUUUGCGGUACUGUCCCGCCGCAUUCCGACCAUCGGUUCAAAGUUCACAACUACUACGAUGAUGAGCAUGCGGUCGCAAGUCGUCAACAGCAGAUAUCUCAUCCAGUCUAAUUCCUCUCUUGAAUGCUUCUAUCCUUGGAUAUUGAGCGAUGAUUGGUGAAAUACGAAUGGGUUCUCACCACGGUUUCCACCUACCACUCGGACCUUGCCAUGUCAUUAACUUGCAGAUGGCGGGAAGGGACCUCACUACCGCCUCCUCGGUCAAUGAUUCGGAUCGUAUGCUCGGUAUUAACCAUCUCAUACCUUUAUUUCACGCGCAACUAUGAUUUACUGCUGCGUGGACGUCUACUCAUAUCGAGCUUGCAUUUGACCUUCUGUAGUAAUGGUCGUGUGCCAGUCCGACGUAUCGCGUGUGCAAUCCGUCUUAGAUCAUUCCUUUUGGCUGUUCGUUGUCGUCUUUCUCCGCC